AUGUUAAAACCACUAAACAUUAAAAAACUGAAUGAUGAAGCUGAUGAAGAUGUCGACGAGCAAAAGCACUCUGAAAAUCCUUACGGAGAUUUUUAUGCUAAUGAAGCAGCAAUUCGGGACAUACCUCUAGAUCAGCUGGAAACCUAUAUAGCGGAAAAGAGAAAGAAAAAAGAUGAUGGGUUUCAGAGAGAAUAUGCGACAUUACCAUACGGGGAAAGAUACAAGUGUGACGUUGGAAAGAAUAAAGAAAAUAUGGUUAAAAAUAGAUUUAAAACAACGUUUCCAUAUGACCACUCAAGAGUAAUACUUCGAACUGAAUCAGGAUCUGACUACAUUAACGCUAAUUACAUAGAGGGUGCAGAGCAAGGAAAACAAUACAUUGCCACACAAGGACCGAGACAGAACACGGUUGUUGAUUUCUGGACAAUGAUUUGGCAAGAACACGUCACAACAAUUGUUAUGCUGACCAACCUUAAAGAAGGAAAUAAGACCAAAUGUACCCAGUACUGGCCGGAUGCAAACAAACACAUUAACUACGGAACUGUGUCUGUGAAAAUGAUUGAGGAAAAAGAGUACGCAUUCUACAAUAUUCGUAUACUGAAUGUGAAUCAUAAACAGAUAAAAAGGUCACGUGUGGUGACACAAUACCAUUAUACUGCUUGGCCAGAUCAUGGAACUCCGGAUCCUCUCUGUCUUGUUGUCUUCCUUUAUCAUGUGACGAGAACAGAGACCAAUCAGAGAGACUAUCCAGCAGUAGUCCACUGCAGUGCAGGAAUAGGAAGAACGGGGACAUACAUAGCAAUAGACGUCUUAAACCAGAUAGGAAGAAAUACAGGGAAAGUCAACGUAGCGGAAUAUGUCAAGAAGAUGAGAGAAAACAGGAUGAAUAUGGUCCAGACCUACGAGCAAUAUAUGACCAUUUUCCUUGCUUUGAAUGAAAUAUUGAAAUCACCAGUAAACAUCAGUACUAUUGAAGAAUUUACUAAAAAUGCUAAAACCAUGACGAUGGACGAACCAGCCAAUCACAGUAUAUUACGAAAAGAAUUUCAGCUUUUAAUGAAAAUACGACCAGCAUACAACGAUGAUGAUUUCAAGCUAGCAAGUGAAAGCUGUGGGGAUAUAUCCUCUAAUGGUAUUUUGCCCCUGGAUAAAUACAGCGUUCAUCUGUCGUCUGUUGUCCAUAAACGAGGAAACUUCAUCAAUGCAGUAACUGUUCCCUCGUACACUAACAGAAGAGCGUUUAUAGUGACAAGGUAUCCGUUGGUAGAAGACACUGUCGAUUUCCUGCGCCUGCUUAAUGAUCAUGAGUCUGACACCGUCAUCUGUAUGGAUCCACAGGACAAGAUUGAUUCGAGUAAGGCGUGGUUACCAAGUCCCUCAUCUUUAAAAACUGUGCCCCCUUUUACCGUCCAUUUCCAGACGACUAGAUCUGAGAAUGGCAUCAACAGCACUACUGUUCACAUUCUGGAGAAAAAUAAUGAAGAGGAGGCUCAUCCCGUGACAAUAAUAGAACUGGAAGUCAGCAUAAAAACAUCAGAGGCUCCUCUUGACACUUCUCAACUUCGGAGUCUGGUUUCUGCCACACUGAGCAUUGAGACAGAUAACCCUAUCACUAUUGUCAGCAGUGAUGGUGCAGCUUUGUGUGGUGUUUUCUGUGCCAUCCAUAACGUGAUACAACAAAUUAACAUCGAUGACAGUGCGGACGUCUUCACAGCUGUCAGACAGCUACAAGUUCGAAGACCUGAAUUUUGUUCCAACCUUAAUGAAUAUUGCCUGGUGAUCAAGGCCGUUUAUGAUCACAUUCAAAGCACUGCGACUAGUAUUUACUACAACCAAUGAGAAGAC